GUCAAUGUGGCAUUCAGCGGAAGUGGAUGGAAACAGGCGUGUCGUUAGCUUGCAGAACGUUUUGACCAUAGGUAUUGUAGUCAUACAGUGUUGUAGUCGUAUCGCAGACUAAUAGUUCUUUCCGUGUGGGAGUGAGACAGCUAUGUCUUCGGUUCGGUCCUGGAGGGAUUUUAUCCGGCAGCGUUUGUCUGCUGCGGGUGAGGAGACGUUUACUGCCUUUAAAAACAGCAUCGGUCAGUGUGAGGAGCAGAUCGCUCGUCAGCGCAGGAUACUGGACGUUGUCUUAAAACCAGAAGUAAAGGUACACAGAAUUGAUCUUCAAAAAGAUGACAGUAAACAGGAGGUUCAUCUUGACCAGCAGCAACAUCUAAGUAUGGAUCAGGAUGAGAUCCAGAUUGUACAGAUUAAAGAAGAGGAGGAACUGUGCAGCAGUCCAGAAAGAAAACCGCUUGAGCUGAAGCAGGGGAUAAACACCCCCGUUGUGGCUUCUACUUCCGUGGAAAGCCAUACCAACAAGGAGUCUGUAAGCCAUGACACUCCUAGAAAAGCCUCCUACAAAAAGUCCAAAAAGACCAACCGUCGCACGGGUAUUAAUCUUCACUUCUGCAAAACGUGUGGGAAAAGUUUCUCAAGUAGGUCAAGCUCCUUGGCCCACGCGAGAACUCACACGGGCGAAAAGCCAUAUUCUUGCAAAAUAUGUGGAAAAGCGUUCAACUAUCAUGCUACCAUCGCGCUUCACAUGAGCACCCACACCGGCGAGAGGCCCCAUGUUUGCAAAAUCUGUGGAAAAACAUUUAGAAGGAGCGAUAAACUGUUGCUCCACAUGAGGACCCACACAGGCGAGAAGCCAUAUCUCUGCAACAUAUGUGGGAAAUCGGUUACCGACCCCUCAGCUUUUAAAAGACAUCUGGCGAUCCACACAGAUGUGAAACCACAUUCAUGUGAUAUAUGCGGAAAAAGCUUCAAACAUAGUAACACUUUGUUGUGCCACGUCAGAUCCCACACCGGCGAGCGGCCUUACCUCUGUAAAUUAUGCGGGAAUAGAUUCGUGAAUGCGUCCAAGUUGCAGCGACACAUGAAAACGCACACGGACGAAAAGCCUCACGUCUGCGACAUGUGCGGCAAAAGAUUCAUUCGCCCGGCAAGGCUGAGGAAUCACAUGAGAGUUCACACAGGCGAGAAGCCGUACUCUUGUGAAACCUGCGGAAAAGCUUUCAGCUGCACCUCCUCUUUGAAAAAUCACAAGAAAACUCACACAGGUGAGAAGUCGCAGCCAUGAAACAUCUCUGAGGAGCGAACCUGAGACAUUAAAGCCGCUUUAUAAAGUGCUGAUAGGUUGCACUUCAUCAUGUUACCUGUGUGUGUGAUCCAGGACAAUCUGUGUGUUCAUCUUUUUUAACAAUGUAUUUCAGAAAAUAUCAUGUUUAAAGACAAAAUUUGACUCAAGAUUUUUUUUAGAUUGAGUGAGACUUGACCUUGUUUUUUUCUUAGAUUUGCUAGUGUGUCAAAAAAGUUUUCUUUUGGGAGAAGCUCUACCAAAUAUUACAUGAAAAAAAAUCUAUUGCUUUGUUUUUAAUUUGUGCCUUAAAAGAAAAAUAACAUGUAUUAGAGCAGUUUUUUGUGCCGUGUAUGUAAAAGAGCACAUUUACUUUUUUUUUUCUCUCUGCCUUUUUCAUCAUUAUGUGUGAAUUUUGUGCUCCAGCCUCUUUGUGUCUGUUCUUAUUUGCUUGUAGAGAUUAGAAAAUGUCUGAGCUGUUUUGUAUAAAGUCAUAUUUACACAAAAUAAAAUUUCCUUCUGGCAAAGAAUUCUUCUAAAA